UUCAGGCAUGAUAUAGUCAUUAUCUCUUUAAUUGUCACUAAAACACUGCAAAAAAAGACUUACUAUUCCCAGUUUAGGAGAUUGAAACUGAGCAUAGAAGGGCCCGUGUGACUUCCCCAACUCCUUGGCACACACUCUUGGUGGGAGCAUGGAUUUUUCCUCUUUCCUCAUUUCCUAUCUGAACUCAGUGGCGAAUGAAAUAGGUGCUCUGUAGGUAGAAGAAAGGGUAUUGAAAUUGAUAUGACAGCCCCAGGAACCUGCCUACCAUAAUCUUCCCUCAUCAUAACCCUAUCCCCUUUCCAGAACCCACAAUCCCCACCUCCCUCCACAAAUCAGUUGAUUAUUACCCCAAACCCAGUUUCUCUCCUGGAAGGAGUCAAGAAAUAAUUCCUUCUGCUGGGUGCAGGCAAAUGAAAGUGCUAAGGUCCUCAAGAGACUGAAUUUGGGCUAAGUUUUGCCAAUUAUAGGAAUAAAAGGUUGGAACAGAAAAUCAUUUCAGGAGAAGAUCUGGUUCCUCUCCAGUGUUGAGCAGGUCCUGUGAACCCUUCUCCUACCUCCAGCUGAGUGGCGUUUGGUUGAGGCUGGUGCAGAACGAGACCACAAGCCAACCACAUCCUAGAGUCUUGAAAUAAAGACUUUAGAAAACAGUUCCUAACAACAGGUCUUUCUUGACUUAAAAGCCCCAAAUGGCAAAUCACCAAGAAGACCUGAAAAUGGGGUUGGGGUCAUGAGGAGGGAGCACAGGCCCCAGGCAGGCAGGGAGCAUUAUUUCUGCUAACCUGUUUGAUUCUCCUGAAAAUGGAGCACAAGUAACUCCUUGCUUUGUAGCUGCCUGCUGUGCCUGAUUUGUAUGUCACAAUCUAGAACCCGGUUACUGUUGCACUCCAUCACAGCCACUUCCUCUUGAAUUGAGGGAGGCAGGGCUUGUCUUCUCUCUUCAGAGAAGGGACUGAGAUCUCCCCAGAACAGACGUUUGAACAGAGCAGGCUUCUGAGGUCUCCAGAAUGCCUGUCCCAGCCUCCUGGUCCCACCCUCCUGGUCCUUUCCUGCUUCUGACUCUACUGCUGGGAUUUACAGAAGUGGCAGGUGAAGAGGAGCUACAGAUGAUUCAACCUGAGAAGCUCCUGUUGGUCGCAGUUGGAGAGUCGGCCACUCUGCACUGCACUGUGACCUCCUUGCUUCCCGUGGGACCUGUCCUGUGGUUCAGAGGAGUUGGACCAGGCCGAGAAUUAAUCUACAAUCAAAAAGAAGGCCACUUCCCCCGGGUAACAACUGUUUCAGACCUCACAAAAAGAAACAACAUGGACUUUUCCAUCCGCAUCAGUAGCAUCACCCCAGCAGAUGCCGGCACCUACUACUGUGUGAAGUUUCGAAAAGGGAGCCCUGAGAACGUGGAGUUUAAGUCUGGACCAGGCACUGAGAUGGCUUUGCGUGCCAAACCCUCUGCCCCAGUGGUAUCAGGCCCUGCGGCGAGGGCCACACCUGAGCACACAGUGAGCUUCACCUGCAAGUCCCACGGCUUCUCCCCCAGAGACAUCACCCUGAAAUGGUUCAAAAAUGGGAACGAGCUCUCAGACUUCCAGACCAGCGUGGACCCCGCAGGACAGAGCGUGUCCUACAGCAUCCGCAGCACAGCCAGGGUGGUUCUGGCCCCCUGGGACGUUCGCUCUCAGAUCACGUGUGAGGUGGCCCACGUCACCUUGCAGGGGGACCCUCUUCGUGGGACUGCAAACUUGUCUGAGGCCAUCCGAGUUCCACCCACCUUGGAGGUUACUCAACAGCCCAUGAGGGCAGGGAACCAGGUAAACAUCACCUACCAGGUGAGGAAUUUCUACCCCCAGAAUCUACAGUUGACCUGGCUGGAGAAUGGAAACGUGUGCCGGACAGAAACGGCCUCGACCCUUACAGAGAACAAGGAUGGUACCUACAACUGGACAAGCUGGCUCCUGGUGGACACACCUGACCAAAGGGAUGAUGUGGUCCUCACCUGCCAGGUGAAGCAUGAUGGACAGCUGGCGGUCAACAAAAGCCUUGUCCUGGAGGUCUCAGCCCACCAGAAGGACCAGAGCUCAGAUGCCACCCAUGGCCCGGCAUCAUCUCUUACUGUGCUGCUCCUCAUAGCUGUCCUCCUGGGCCCCAUCUACGUCCCCUGGAAGCAGAAGACCUGACUCUCCUUCCUUCCUCCCCUGCCACGUGGGACCCUCAUCUCUGCUGCCUCCUUCCUUUCCUGAGAGGCUCAGCUUGAGAGAAUGAGUCAGUGAGAAGCUUCUCUAGACUUGGCUCCAAACGCCUCCCCUCCCAAGACAUCUGCCUGCCCACAGGCUCCUGUUGCUCCUUCACACAGACCUUGAUGCCCCAGAGCAGGGUCUUCAUUCAUGGUCCUGAGCAGGGGCCAUGGGACUGGGCUCUGGGCACUGACUUAUGACACCUCCCUAGAAUGUGAGAAACACGCCAUGUCUAAACACACCAGGAUUCCUCCCAUCCAUCGCCUUGGGACUGGCCAUAAACCACAGACUCUCUCCAGGCUUUCAAGAGUUAUCCUGUCUUCCAGAUUCCUGCCUACCCCAACUCCCCAGCCUUGUUGAGGUUCUCUAUCGCCUCUUGAAUACAAAUGCACUCCCAAAGUGGUUUUAAGAAAAUAAAAAGAUUCUCCUUCC